GAUAUGAUGGUUUGGUAGUUGUCAGGCAAAAUUUGUAUCAUGGGAUUUAUUUUGCAUGGGUUACAUGGUAGUAAUGUGGAAUAUUCAGAACCUAUCAUAUUAAAGGAAAUUAUUUAAGAAUAAUGCCAAUCUUACUGUUUGCAUCCCUGUCCCCAUUGGACCUUGCAAACUAAAUAGAGUCCCUUAUUAAUUUCGAUUGGUUAUGAGUCGGCUUUUGCUCUAUCCCAAUCUGCUGCUGGCACAGAAGAUGAGUGAUAAUUUUUGUAAAUUAUCAUCUAAUACUUUUGAUUUUGUUGCACCAGUUAGUUUUCUUUGACAUUCUUCACACUUUAGUGACUAUAUGUACUUGUUGCCUUAUUGUGUUGAAAAAUUAUGAAAUGGAUAGAUGUCUCAAAAGGCAGCCUCUUCAUGCUGGAUUUUAUGCAUAUGAUGACCAAGUUAAGGCCCUUUGUUCGCACGUUUUUAAAAGAAGCAAGUGAGAUGUUUGAGAUGUAUAUUUAUACAAUGGGUGAUCGGGCCUAUGCAUUGGAAAUGGCUAAGCUGCUUGAUCCUCAAAGAGAGUACUUCAGUGAUAGAGUGAUUUCACGAGAUGAUGGCACCCAUAGACAUCAAAAGGGUCUUGAUGUCGUGCUGGGGCAAGAAAGUGCAGUUCUGAUUCUUGAUGAUACAGAAAAUGCAUGGACGAAGCACAAGGACAAUUUGAUAUUGAUGGAAAGAUAUCACUUCUUUGCUUCAAGUUGCCACCAAUUUGGCUUCAGUUGUAAAUCUCUUUCUGAGUUGAAGAGUGAUGAGAGUGAGACUGACGGAGCACUUGCUACUAUUCUUAAAGUUCUUAAGCAAAUCCACAAUAUGUUUUUUGAUGUACUUGAGGAUAAUCUUGUUGACAGAGAUGUUAGGGAGGUUCUGAAAACAAUUAGGAAAGAAACCCUGAAGGGGUGUAAAAUCAUCUUUAGCCGCGUGUUUCCCACAAAAUUCCCGGCAGAUAAUCACCAUCUCUGGAGGAUGGCAGAGAAUUUGGGAGCUACUUGUGCAACGGAGCUCGAUUCAUCCGUGACGCAUGUGGUCUCUACAGAUGGUGCAACAGAGAAAUCUCGUUGGGCAGUGAAACAGAACAAGUUUUUGGUCCAUACAGGGUGGCUAGAAGCUGCAAAUUAUCUGUGGCAAAAGCAACCUGAAGAGAACUUUCCUGUCAACCAAACAAAGAGCCAAUAACUAACACCUUUGUAUGUCAAUGCUAACUCUUGGUGGUGAUGCUCUCCAGCAGUGUAGACCAAAGAGGAUCUAAACCUACCAUUUUCUUUUAGACCUUUGAAUGGUUAAUUAUGUUUCAUAGAAAAGGUGGAUUGGGGUUGGAUGAUUUUCAAUCACCUAAUAGGUUGAAAAAAACUAAUCAGUGGACUAAUUGUUUGGACACUCUGUUGGAUCCUGAUCUAUUUUUUUGUAUAUAAAUUUUCUAGAUGCCUUUUUAGAGAGAUUUGAAGUAACACACACAGGCCUUAAAUUG